AUGCCACCAAAAAGAAGCAAAGAAGAAAUUAAAAAAUUAUUUAAAUCAUUUGAUAAUGGUAAUGGUCAUUUAUCAUUAGCUGAAAUUGAUCGAGCUGUUACUCAUUAUUAUCCAGAACUUGGUUCAAAUAAGAAAGCUAUUAUGCGAGCAUAUAAAGCAGCAGAUAAUGGCGGAAAUGGUUUUAUUGAAUUAAAAGAAUUUGCAAAGCUUAUUGAAGUACUUGGUUAUUAUGAUGAUCUAAGCAAAAAAUUCGCACAAUUUGAUAAAGAUGGUGAUCAUCGUAUUACUUUUAAUGAAUUUAAAAAAGGUUUCAGUUUAUUAAGUCAAGAUCAUUUAGAUGAUAAUUAUCUAAAACAAGAAUUUAACAAUAUCGAUACAAAUGGAGGUGGUUUCAUUUUAUUUGAUGAAUUUUGCAUGUAUAUGGCAAAUCGACAGCACGACGCAGAUGAUUAG